GCUGCGUCUUCUGCGUCGCGCGUCAGUACUCCCAUGCGCGACCACAAGAGCAAGGCGCCAGCGUCCGCGCGCACGUCGACCGCCGACCUGGCAGACCUCAAAGGAAAGGGCAAAGAGGAUCCCGAAUCGGAAGGGCGUUUGUUGCGACGGCGUCCCGUCAUGCCCGCCGCUCUCGACGCGCCCGACGCGCUUGCGAAGAAGCCGCAGGACGGCCCUCGAGGUGUAGAUGGGAAGCUUCUUCCGACAUGCAUGACUUGCAAGAACGUGCUCCCCGUGAUCUCUGUGGACGAUAAGGUCGUAUGGAACGGACUGCCGGAGAAGACGGGGAAAAGAGGGAGGCCUCGCAAGCAGGUUGAGCAGGAGUGCCCCAGGUGCGUCGCAAUUUUUCAUCAGUUGCAUUGA